AUGCAUACGUGACUUUGCAUGGACUCGGAUAACAUGAGUUAUGGCACUGAAGAAUUCCUGGAGUUGAAACCACUCUGACUGAAGUACUCAGCUGGAGCUUUCGUAGCAGUCGAUUCAAGCUUUGUCUAGUCUGUGAAAAUGGCAAACUACUACGUCAUUGGCUUGUCUGCAGUAGUAAUGCUGACUAUUGUGUCACUCGUGUAUGACUCGUUUGACAUGGAUAUGUACCAGUGCAGAGACACAAAACAGCAGUCUGAUUCGUCCACAAAGAUCACCAGAUUGUUAACGUCAGCAAAUUCGUCCUGGGAGUUUAACAUCACAGGGAAUGAUGUUUUGGUCUGCCUGCAUAUUCAGAAGACUGGGGGGUCCUCGUUUGGCCGACACCUGGUGCACGAUCUGGACUUGAGCAGCCCAUGCCAAUGCAAGAAAGGCUUGAAGGCGUGCCAGUGCUUUAGGCCGGGCAGCAAGAAUGAGGUUUGGCUGUUCAGCGAGUUUUCCAUGGGUUGGUCGUGCGGCUUACAUGCCGACUGGACAGAACUGACCAACUGUGUGCCCAGUAUGCUGGAUAAGUUUGAAGGAACUAAGCAUAAACGGAGGUAUUUCUACCAGACCAUCCUGCGGGAGCCCCAGGCUCGUUACCUCAGCGAGUGGCGUCACGUUCAGCGAGGUGCCACCUGGAAAACCGCAGUGCACAUGUGCAACGGCAAAAUCCCUACCUCUGAAGAGCUUCCCCGAUGCUACGAGGGGAUCGACUGGACGGGCGUUUCCUUGGAAGAGUUCAUGGACUGCCAGUACAACCUGGCAAACAACCGACAAACGCGGAUGCUUGCGGAUCUCUCGGAAGUGGGCUGCUACAACCUCUCAAAACUCUCGAAUGCAGAGCGCCGGGCGAGAAUGCUUGAGAGCGCAAAGAGGAACUUAAGACGCCUUGCUUUCUUUGGCAUGUUGGAGUACCAGAAGGAGACUCAGCAGCUCUUUGAGAGCACCUUCGGAUUAAAAUUCUUGAAGGAUUUUGUCCAGUUUGACGCCACGAAGGGCACAGCUGCCAAGACUGUCCUAACUGGCCAGCAGAAACUGAAAGUCCAGGAAGCCAACACGGAGGAUUUCCUUCUGUACGAUUACGCAAAGAAGUUGUUUUUGGAGCGUGUUGCAGCAUUGAGACAAAAACGCAGAAAGAGAGCCCCGCUAACUAGACUCUCUUAAAAACUCAACUUUCAGGAAAUUUAGAGAAUCAACUGCCAAAACUUUCCCCGCCUUCCACCAUUGUGACCCGGGUUCGAAUCCCGCCUCAGCCAAUAUGUGGAUUGGUUUUCAGUCCCUGCCUGAUUCCAUGGGUUUUACCUAGAAUAUCAUUCUGGGUUUUUCCUCCCGCCAUAAAAACUGUAAUUUCCUUCCACAUCUUCUACCAAGGGACCUCACUGGAAAUAAAUGGAGAGACUUUUGUGGGCUGUCCCUGCCAGUUGCUGAAUAAAACCAGAUAGUGGGCUAUUCCUUAAGAAUAAUGGGCACCUCAAGUUGGACAUACAUGUGUAAAAUACAGCCACUCAAUUUACAUAUAUGCAUGUAUUUAAUUCAGACGCACUCAAACUAAUUGUCUGUCUUUUUAUGCUCAUGUUCCAAAACAAUGUCUUACAUGUAUAUGAUCAAAAAUUUAUGGAAAGCUGCCGUUGUAGAUGAGUUCUAUAAUCAUUGUCUUCAACUACUGCAUAGUACUAACAAUUAUGGGUCGUAUUGAUUCCAAUUAACCAUUUUUACUUUUGUAAAUAUUGAUAUGUACAAUUGUUUUUUUCUGGAGUUAUGCAAAUGUCCUGUACGAGCUUGUCCAGCUUUUGCAAUAUAUUUUCUUUGUUAUGUGUUUUGUUUCUAAAAAAAAUCAUGUCAGUUAAAAAUGUGGACAAAGAAGUACUGUAUAUUGUUCUACCUCAGACUUGGGCAUUUUAAUUAAUAGAUAAUUAAACCUAACUGCCCAAAUCCAUGUUUUACUUAAAAACUUAAUUUGAUGUUGAAUGGGAUGUUUUUGGAGCACCAUUUAAUAGCUCCAUGGUUGAAGAAAUUGCAUGCAACUAUAAACCACAGUUUUUGAGAAUUUUGAAAUAUUUAGCAACAGUGUAACAAACUUCACUGCAAAACAUUGGUUGUACCAUAAAUUGACACAUCUAGUACAUUGCUGGGUGCAUCAUGAUAUGUAUAUCUCGUGUAGAGUGUAGAACAUGUCACUUGAUGGUUUAUGGUGGGAUUAACAAAAUGUAGGAUUUUAGGGAAAUUGGGAGAAGAAAAAUGUCAAGGAGUCAUACGGUUAUAAAAAAUUGUUGAGCGUCUUUCCAUUGCUUUAGUCAGCAGAGAAUUUGUCUGGCACUCUGAUAAUCCUUGUUUACUGUCAAGUAAUGUAUCAAAACUCAAAGAAAAACAUAUGAGAACUCUUGUUUAGUAAAAACAAAACAGUAAAUGUGUAUGUAUCUUGCAUUGUUAACAUUUUCAAUUUUAUAUUUUCUUCAUAAAGGUGAUGUUUGAAUAAAGUCUAUGAAUUUGAUUUAACAGAAGUUGA